ACAGAUUAGAUACCGGGGCUACUCACGUUUGGCAGGACGGCCCAGCCAGCGAACGACAAAAGUGACGACAUCACGUCAGCUCAGGUAAAAUCACACCCCUCCCAUGGGUAUUAUAAAACCCAAACACUGCGUCGUGAUCCUAUUCCGGAGUUUGCUUAUGCUACGUCGCGACUAUCAAUGAACUUAGCAGAGCGAAUCUAAGCGCUUUGGGGGAUCAUCUGGGUUGUCCACCCGCCUCACCGCCUUCCUGUUCUGCUUUCUCCUCCACACCGAAGAAAAAAAGUUCGCGGACGCUGAACUUGAUCGCCGGCUUCGAUUCUCCCAGUCUCCCAGGCCUACUCGUCGGAGUCCCCAAUUGCGCCCACCAUGUCGGCCGACGCCAUGGAUAUUGAUUCGGAUCAUGCGCCUACUUCGGUGGAGCGCGAACGGAAGCGCAAGCACAAGAACAAGGAUCAUGCGUCGCCCGCAAAGAAGCGGAAGCACCGUGAUGCCGAUGCGGCAGACUUGAUUUCCGCAGAGACGUCGUCAAAGAAGGAGAAAAAGUCCAAGGACAAGAAGAAGGAAAAGUCUUCAGAAGCACAGGAACCUUCAGACUCGCCUUUCAACCUCGUCACCUCGACCCUCUACCUGCCUUUGUCACCGAUUUCGAUAUCCCCCACACAUGCACUGGCCUCUCUGCUGGCAGAGCAUCUUUCUCCGCUUCUCCUAACAUACUAUCCUCCUCUCAAGGGUAUUAUUCUGGCAUACUCGAAUGCCUCGAUAUCUAGCAAACCUCCAACUUCAAACCCAGCGAAGGACAGCGAUAACCCGCAGCCCUUGACCCUAGCCACCACCGCCAACGAAUACGGAGUGCUCUACGUCUACCUGACGGCAACCUUCCUGGUUUUCAGACCUCAGCGCGGUCAGGUUCUGGAGGGAUGGGUCAACGUUCAGUCCGAAGGCUUCCUGGGAGCCGUUGUCUACAAUCUCUUCUCUGUGGGCAUUGAGCGGAGACGUCUGCCAGCGGACUGGAAGUGGAUCCCACCAGGUGAAGAAGAUGACAGCACAGAUGCUAAAAAAUCGGCUGCUACUUCUGCCGAAAAUUCUGGAGAUGAAGAAGAUUCGUUUGACCCGGAAAAAGAACACUUUACCCCGGUUAGACUUCCUUUGGGCGUCGAGACUCAGGAUAAGGGACAGGAUAUGGACACGGAGGAUUCGACAGCAACUGGAUACUUCCAGUCUGCCUCAGGGCACCGUGUCCGUGGUACCAUCCGCUUCCGCGUGCGAGACAUUGAUGUCAUCCCCAGCGCUGAUCGCGAGCGCGGGUUUAUCAGCAUCGAGGGCACUAUGCUCUCACCUGAAGAGGAAGAGAAGUUGGCCGCAGAUGAACGGAGAGGCAUCACUUCUUAUCGCAGAGGUGACUCGUUGACCAUGUCAGGCGGCGUUGCCCGCGCCCCCUCCUCGGCACCUUCAGAGCAGAAUGGCCCUGCUCCUCAAGAGACACAGGCGGACGCGCAGCCUCCCACAACAAAGACCAAGAAGGAGAAGAAAGAAAAGGACAAGGACAAGUCGUCCAAGUCAAAGUCCAAAAAGAAAGAGAAAUGAUUCGACGUUGUCACCUGUCCUUCGUUUUCUAGCAUUGUGAAUUGUAUAACUGCACCGUGGCGUUCCAGGGAAGAGCGAAAAAAGCAUCAGGCUCCCUUAUUCGAUUGCACAUAUUGUUCAAUGCAUUUGGAUUUACAAUCCCCUUCAUAGAAAUUGGCUUCUUUCUAGCUGUACCGGUUGAUUGGUCUCUUGUCUGAUCAUGUUGAUAAGAUUAAUACAAGUGGGACGGACUGUUACGAUGAGAGGUGCUCGGACACUGUAGCGACAUUGAAGUCACUAGGCAAUCAUAAGCAAUGUGCUGCGAUGGCUGUACCAAUCGGAUCCCGACACCGACGAUAUCUUGACCAGGACCACACGAGCCCAGGGUUUAUCCGUUUCAGUCUAAUACUGUUCUGUGAGGAUAGCAAUUCAAGAGCGUAUUCAUGGUUGGCCGGUUGGAUAUAA